GAGGUGACAGUUUGUCAGAGGCCGAUGGGGAGGAGAAAGUGGUGCCCGUUGCCGUUCUCAUUCGCGGCGACACCAGGGCUGGAGCUCGGGCCUGUGGCAGGCGACCCGCGGGCUCCGGGCCUACAUCCCGGCCGCUCCCAGCCGGCCGCCGGCUUCCCGCGCUCCGGCCGCUUUCUGCAACAACGCGGGAGGAAGCGGCGCGCGGCACAGGAUCAUGGAUUUUCCAGGGCACUUUGAGCAAGUUUUUCAGCAGCUGAACUAUCAGCGACUACAUGGACAACUCUGUGACUGUGUGAUUGUUGUUGGGAGCCGACAUUUCAAAGCUCAUCGCUCUGUGCUUGCAGCAUGCAGCACCCACUUUCGAGCUCUCUUUACUGUCCCUGAGACUGAUCAAUCACUGAACAUGGUUCAGCUUGACAGUGAAGUGGUCACGGCAGAGGCUUUUGCGGCCCUUGUUGAAAUGAUGUACACAUCCACGCUAAUGCUGGGAGAGAGUAAUGUCAUGGACGUGCUUUUAGCAGCUUCCCACCUCCACCUGAAUUCUGUGGUGAAGGCUUGCAAACAUUACUUAACAACCAGGACUGUACCUAUGUCCCCUACAAGUGAAAGGCUUCAAGAACAAAAUGCUCGUAUGCAGAGGUCGUUUCUGCUUCAGCAGCUAGGUUUGAGCUUAGUAAAUUCUGCCCUCAGCUCCAGUCAGACGAUGGAUGAGCAAGUUGGUGUGAACUCAUCGCUGCGCCACCACUUGGAGGAUCAGUCGACUGCGUUUCCUGUCAGGCGUCUGCAGAAAAGGAAAGCCAUUCCUGAUGAAAGAUCAAAGCAAAGGAUAAGACCUUCCAUGGAUGAAUCUAUCAUCACUGAAGGGACAUCAGACAAUGGGCAAGCUGUGGUACAUACUUGUGAGGAACUGUUUACACCAGACUCCCUGAAAUUGGGAGAUGGCUCAAAAACUGAUACAAGUGUUGAAAACCAGGUGGAAAAUGCUAUGAUUUUUGAGCAGGCCUUUAGCACACCAGAAGAUAAUCAGGUGCCCAGUCAGUCAGACAAAGGAGUAAGCCAUUCACAAGUAUCUGUGGCUUCUCAAGCAAGUCACAUCGAAACUGGUUUCAACCAAGAGUCUGCAAAUGAGAAAUCAGAUUUUCAUUCUGAGACUACAGAACUUCACAUAAAUGGAAAUGAGGAACAGGUCCGAAUUGUUGUGAAGGCUGAACCACUGAGUUCACCUGAUCCUCAAGACGAGACGAGUGAUGCUGCUUCACAGGCUGAAGGUAGUGAGUCAGUGGAGGUGGAAGGAGGAAUGCCUAGUGCAGAAAAACUGGAGCUUAGUCCAGAGAGCAGUGACCGAAGUUUUUCUGAUCCUCAAUCUAGUACAGACAGGGUCACUGACAUACACAUUCUAGAAUCUGCAAACACAGACACAAAAGCUCCCUUUCAUAUUUCCACCUUUUUGAAUAAGAACCGAACAAGCAGCUUCAGUGGGGGCCAAAAUGCAGAUGACAACCUUCCGAACACAACAAGUGAUGGUAGAAUGGAGAGUGAAGCUACUUACUUAAUGAGCCCAGUGUCUAGUGUUUCUGCUGGUGUCAAUUCAACAAUGGUAGCAACUCGAAUGGAGAAUCCCUUUAAUGACAAUACUGAUUCUCAUUUCAUGCGACCUAUGCAGGACUUGUUGGGCCUAUCAUGUGGGCAGUCUUCAGAGUACAAAACUGGGGGAGAACCAUUCAGAUUGGAAUUUCCCAGGCCCAGCUCUGGAUUGCAUUCACUUUCCAGACAAUCAAUCAUUUCAUCACGAGGAGGAGCCAGUAAUUUCCCAGGUUAUCGCCGCAUUGCCCCAAAAAUGCCCAUAGUGACCUCUGUUGGCGAUGGAGGUUCUGGAUCACAAGACGCUGGCUCUACUUCUCAGGUCCGAAUAUUAAAUAGUACCUCUUCUACUUUUGAAAAUAAUCAUUCUUUGCAGUCAGGCCCUCCGCAGCUGACACGGGCAUCUGCAGAUGUACUUUCAAAGUGUAAGAAAGCCAUGUCAGAACACAAUGUAUUGGUGGUGGAAGGUGCCCGUAAAUAUGCUUGUAAAAUUUGCUGCAAGACAUUUUUAACGUUAACGGAUUGCAAGAAACACAUUCGUGUUCACACUGGAGAGAAGCCCUAUGCAUGUUUAAAAUGUGGCAAAAGAUUCAGUCAAUCGAGUCACUUAUACAAGCAUUCUAAAACCACCUGCUUGAGAUGGCAUGGCAGCAACUUGCCAAGUACUCUACUUUGAGAUAGACAUUCAGCAUACUUUGUAUUUGCUGCUGUAAAGGGUGCUGACUUUUUUUUAAAAAAGGAGCUCUUGUAAGGUGAACAAGAUGAAAACAGACUUUUAAUUUGCAAUUAACAGCAAAGUGUCAGUAAGGUGCCGAGUUCAGGGCAAAUUAAAUUUUGUAGAAUUUAGUAACUGUAAAAUAUAUGUACUGCACUUUUCUAUGCUGUUCAGCUAUUUUAUUUCAGUAGUUGCUGACUAACCAAAAUCUGCAAAGUGAUUAGCACAGAAUUGUCUGUUUGUGUAUUUUCUGAAAGUAUAGCUUGUGCUUUAUCUAGAAGAUGUAUAAAUCAAGAAGCAAAGGAGACCUGUAGGCUGAAUAAUGUUGAC